ACUUUGUAUAUCAAACAACCACCGAGAUAAGUUCCUCUCUCACACUAAGUCCUACAUUCCUCAUACUCUAUAUAGUACGUCCCAAAUGGAAAGCAUAAGAAGUUUAGUUGCAGACAAACCAGUGGUGCUUUUCAGCAAAAGCUCCUGCUGCAUGAGCCACUCUAUCCAAACACUGAUAUCCGGAUUUGGUGCAAAGAUGACAGUGUACGAGCUGGAUCAGCUGUCUAACGGGAAGGAGAUCGAGAAGGCGUUGGUACAGAUGGGGUGUAAGCCGAGUGUACCAGCGGUGUUCAUAGGGGAACAGUUAAUCGGUGGAGCUAACCAGGUGAUGACUCUCCAAGUCAAGAACCAACUAGCCGCAUUGCUAAGAAGAGCCGGAGCCAUAUGGGUUUAAAGACCAAAAAAAUACAACUAGAAUAGAAUAAGUGAUGAGAAGAAUCUAUACUUUCUUUUGCCUUUUUUUUUUCGGGUUUCGAGUUUCUACAAUGCACGGUUAUGUUUUAAUCAAGUGCAAAAGUCUGUAGUCACACAACCCUGAUGCUAAGAUCAAGAACUUGUAUUCUCAAUGUAUCAGCAAUGCUUAUUAAUAAUCAAUAGAGAAAGAUUUGCUUUUUUC